AUGUUCUCCAAGUCGACCACCCUCGCCGUCCUGGCCCUCCUCGCUACCGUCGUUGAGGCUGCCCCCAUCGACCAGGGCCACCUCCUCCCCGUCGCUCGUGCCCAGCUCGUUCGUCGCAACGCCAAUAAGUGCGCCCGCCCCUCGACCUCGGCCGCCGUCGAGCCUACCACCACCUCGGAGGCUGCCCCUACCACGACCACCGUCGCCGUGACUGAGGCCGCCACCACCGAGGCUGUCACCACCUCGGAGGCUGCUCCUUCGACCACCACCACCGAGGCCGCCCCUACCACCACCACCACCACCACCUCGGAGGCUGCUACCACCACCUCGACUGAGGAGGCCGCCGCCACCACCUCGGCUGCCAACGACAACAUUGGCAACAACCUCAACGCUGCCCCCGCCGCCCCUACCCCCACCAAGGGCUCCAAGGGCGGCAAGAAGGGCCAGCAGCAGCAGGACCAGCCUCAGCAGGACCAGCAGCAGCAGCCCGACCAGUCUGCCAACCAGAACCAGGACCAGCAGCAGCAGGACCAGAACCCCCAGGAGCAGCCCCAGGAGCAGAAGCCCCAGGACAAGCCCCAGCAGGAUGACAAGCCCCAGAACUCUGGCUCGGGUGGCUACAACAUCCAGGGCAAGGUCUCGUUCUACUCUGUCCAGAACCCCGGAGAGAACCACGGCUACUCUGGCGCCGUCGCCUGCUCGGGUGCCAAGUACACCGACAACGACUGGAUCGCCGCUGUUGGCGACGCCCACUACCAGGGCGGCUCGGCUUGCGGCAAGAAGAUUGAGAUCAAGGACCAGAAGACUGGCAACGUCCAGCAGGUCACGAUCGUCGACCGCUGCGCCGGCUGCGAGUACGGCCACGUCGACCUCACCCCUCCUGUCUGGAACGCCCUCCACAACGGCAACACCAACGACGGCAUCUUCCAGGCCGACUGGAAGUUCCUCUAA